GGUCGGGGAGGAAGGGCGGGAGGAGGAGGAGGAGGAGGAGCUGGAGGAAGCCCUGACUGUACCCCUGGCCCCCGUCCAGCUUGGAGCUCAGUCGUCCACCAAAGGCCGCUCAGUUCUCCUGGGCUCCAGCCUCCUGCAAGAGGAGUUUUCCUGGCAGCGCCUGGAGCCCCCGCUUGCCUCCGCUUGGGCAGGGGAAGGCUGCAAGGGAGAAGGAGACCAGUGUGCGGGGAAAAUAUGCAUCCUGUUCAAACAUAAUUGAACUCAGAAGCGCAGGGACACACGCAGCUUCAGGUUCGCUCAGGGGUUCCUAUCUGGUGCUCAUACAGACUCAAAAUGAGGAGGCACCGACAUGUGCCCUUAGUGGCCGUCUUCUGCCUCUUUCUCUCAGGCUUCUCCACGACUCACGCCCAGCAACAGCAAGCAGCACAAGACUCUGCUGACAUUAUUUUCCUUAUUGAUGGAUCAGACAACACCGGAAGCGCCCAUUUCGCAGUCAUUCGCGACUUCCUUGUAGAUCUCCUUGAGAGACUGUCAAUCGGAGCGCAGCAGAUCCGAGUGGGGGUGGUCCAGUAUAGCGCUGCGCCCAGAACCAUGUUCUCCUUGGACAGCUACUCCACCAAGGCGCAGGUUCUAGACGCAGUGAAGGCCCUCGGGUUUGCUGGCGGGGAGUUGGCCAACAUCGGCCUGGCCCUUGACUUUGUGGUGGAGAACCACUUCACCCAGGCGGGGGGCAGCCGAGCAGAGGAAGGGGUUCCCCAGGUGCUGGUCCUCAUAAGUGCCGGGCCUUCUAGUGACGAGAUCCGAGACGGGGUGGUGGCGCUGAAGCAGGCUGGCGUGUUCUCGUUCAGCCUGGGCGCCCAGGCCGCCUCCAGGGCAGAGCUUCAGUACAUAGCUACCGAUGACAACUUGGUGUUUACGGUCCCGGAAUUCCGUAGCUUUGGGGACCUCCAGGAGCAAUUACUGCCGUUCAUUGUUGGCGUGGCCCAAAGGCACAUUGUCUUGCAACCGCCAACCAUUGUGACACAAGUUAUCGAAGUGAACAAGCGAGACAUAGUCUUCCUGGUGGACGGCACCUCUGCUCUGGGACUGGCCAACUUCAACGCCAUCCGAGAGUUCAUUGCCAAGGUCAUCCAGCGGCUGGAGAUCGGACGGGACCUUAUCCAAGUGGCGGUGGCGCAGUACGCAGACACCGUGAGGCCCGAGUUCUAUUUCAAUAGCUACCCGAGCAAGCGGGAAGUCAUAACCGCCGUGCGGGGAAUGAAGCCGCUGGACGGCGCGGCCCUGCACACGGGCGCCGCUCUGGACUUCGUGCGCAGCAGCCUGUUCACGGACUCCGCCGGCUACCGGGCUGACGAGGGGGUCCCCAGGCUCUUGGUGCUGCUCACGGGCGGUAAGUCCCUGGACGAGGUCAGCAAGCCCGCCCAGGAGCUGAAGAGGAGCAACAUCAUGUCCUUCGCCGUGGGGAGCAAGGCUGCAGACCGGGCCGAGCUGGAGGAGAUCGCUUUCGACUCCUCCCUGGUGUUCGUCCCCGCCGAGUUCCGCGCCGCCCCGCUGCAAGGCAUCCUGCCCGGCCUGCUGGCGCCCCUCAGGACCCUCUCCGGAACCACGGAAGUUCACGUAAACAAAAGGGAUAUCAUCUUUCUUUUGGAUGGAUCGGCCAACGUUGGAAAAACCAAUUUCCCUUACGUGCGUGACUUUGUCAUGAACCUAGUUAACAGCCUCGAUGUUGGGAAUGACAACAUUCGCGUUGGCUUAGUGCAAUUUAGUGACACUCCGGUGACGGAGUUCUCUCUAAACACAUACCAGGCCAAGUCAGAUUUGCUCGCCCACCUGAGGCAGUUGCAGCUCCAGGGCGGUUCGGGCCUGAACACUGGCUCGGCCCUGAGCUACGUGCAUGCCAACCACUUCUCCGAGGCGGGCGGCAGCAGGAUCCGCGAACACGUGCCGCAGCUGCUGCUCCUGCUCACGGCCGGGCGGUCCGAGGACUCCUAUUUGCAAGCCGCCAACGCCCUGGCGCGCGCGGGCGUGCUGACCUUUUGCGUGGGCGCUAGCCAGGCGAACCGGGCGGAGCUGGAGCAGAUCGCUUUUAACCCGAGCCUGGUGUACCUCAUGGACGACUUCAGCUCCCUGCCCGCUCUGCCUCAGCAGCUGAUUCAGCCCCUAACCACGUAUGUUAGCGGGGGUGUGGAGGAAGUCCCCCUCGCCCAGCCAGAGAGCAAGCGGGACAUUCUGUUCCUUUUCGAUGGCUCGGCCAACCUCCUGCGCCAGUUCCCCGUGGUCCGAGACUUUCUCUACAGGAUCGUGGAGGAGCUGGACGUGAGGCCGGACGGGACCCGCGUGGCCGUGGCCCAGUACAGCGACGACGUCCGGGUGGAGUCCCGCUUCGACGAGCACCAGAGCAAGCCCGAGAUCCUGAACCUGGUGAAGAGGAUGAAGAUCAAGACGGGCAAGGCCCUCAACCUGGGCUACGCCCUGGACUACGCGCAGAGGCACAUCUUUGUGAAGUCCGCGGGCAGCCGCAUCGAGGACGGGGUGCUCCAGCUGCUGGUGCUGCUGGUGGCGGGGAAGUCGUCCGACCGCGUGGAGGAGCCAGCCAGCAACCUGAAGCAGAGCAGGGUGGUGCCUUUCAUCUUCCAAGCCCGGAACGCGGACCCCGCCGAGCUGGAGCAGAUCGCGCUCUCCCCGGCCUUCAUCCUGGCCGCGGAGUCGCUCCCCAAGAUCGGAGACCUUCAGCCACAGUUCGUGAAUCUCCUGAAAUCGGUGCACAACGGGGCGCCAGGGCCAGUUUCAGAUGAAAAGGACGUGGUGUUUCUGAUCGACGGCUCGGACGGCGUGAGCAGCGGCUUCCCCCUGCUGAAGGAGUUCGUGCAGAGGGUGGUGGAGAGCCUGGACGUGGGCCCCGACCGGGUGCGCGUGGCCGUGGUGCAGUACAGCGACCGCACCCGGCCCGAGUUCUACCUGAACUCCUACAUGGACCAGCAGGGCGUGGUCAGCGCCGUCCGCAGGAUGGACCUCCUGGGCGGGCCGACGCCCAACACGGGGGCCGCGCUGGACUUUGUCCUGAGGAACAUCCUGGUGGGCUCUGCGGGCAGCAGGAUGGCGGAGGGCGUGCCCCAGCUGCUGCUCGUGCUCACGGCCGACCGGUCCGCGGACGACGUGAGGGGCCCCUCGGGGGCGGUGAAGCGGGGCGGGGCCGUGCCCAUCGGCAUCGGCAUCGGCAACGCCGACAUCGCCGAGAUGCAGACCAUCUCCUACGUCCCCGACUUCGCCGUGGCCAUCCCCACCUUCCGCCAGCUGGGCACCGUGCAGCAGGUCGUCUCUGAGCGGGUGGCCCGGCUCUCCCGCGAGGAGCUGAGCAGGAUGCAGCCCGUCUUCCCGGCUCCAACCAGCCCAGGUGUCGGCAGCAAGAAGGACGUGGUCUUCCUCAUCGACGGGUCCCAGAGCGCCGCGCCCGAGUUCCAGUACAUCCGCACCCUGGUGGAGCGGCUGGUGGACUCCCUGGACGUGGGCUUCGACGCCACGCGCGUGGCCGUCAUCCAGUUCAGCGAGGACCCCAAGGUGGAGUUCCUGCUGAACGCCCACUCCAGCAAGGACGAGGUGCAGGCCGCGGUGAGGCGGCUGCGGCCCAAGGGCGGGCGGCAGGCCAACGUGGGCAGCGCCCUGGAGUACGUGUCCAGGAACAUCUUCAAGAGGCCGCUGGGCAGCCGCAUCGAGGAGGGCGUCCCGCAGUUCCUGGUCCUCGUCUCCUCGGGGAGGUCCGGCGACGAGGUGGACGACCCCGCCGCGGAGCUCAAGCAGUUCGGCGUGGCGCCUUUCACGGUGGCCAGGAACGCCGACCGGGAGGAGCUGGUCAAGAUCGCGCUGAGCCCCGAGUACGUGUUCUCGGUGAGCACCUUCCGCGAGCUGCCCGGCCUGGAGCAGAAGCUGCUCGCUCCCAUCGCCAGCCUCACGUCCGAGCAGAUCCAGCGGAUCCUGGCCAGCGCCCGCUACCCUCCCCCAGGUGAGAGCGACGCUGCGGACAUCGCCUUCCUGGUGGACCAGCUCUGACGCGUCAGCCCCGACGGCACGGCCACUCGAGACUUCGGAGCAGAGAUGUGCAGAGCUGGACCUCGGCCAAACAAGUGGGAUCGGGCUGGUGCAGUCAGCACGACGUCGUCCCGAGUCUACCUGAAGACCUACAGGUCCAUGGCCCCCGUUGACCCAUCCCGGCGCCUGCGGUUCAAGGGGCCCCCGCUGAACACCGCAAAAGCCUGAUUCAGUGCGAGAAACCUGUUUUGAAGUCGCCGGAGCCGGAUCGAGGACGGGGUGCCCAGCACCCUGUGCUGUCUGGGCGGGAAGUCCAAUACGUUCCAGGUCGCCAGGGAUGCGCCCUCGGGCAUCGGAGUUGGGGUCGGAGACCGGAACGUCGACAGAGCCGAGCUGCAGGCCAUCACCAACAACCCCAGGCUGGUCUUCACGGUGCGAGAGUUCAGGGAGCUUCCCAGCUUGGACCAGAGGGUCAUGAGCGCCUUUGAGCCCUCCGCAGCCACGCCCGCCCCUCCGGGCCCGGCGCCUCCUCCGCGGCCAGAGAAGAAGAAAGCGGACAUCGUGUUCCUGCUGGAUGGGUCCAUCAAUUUCAGGAGGGACAGUUUCCAAGAAGUGCUCCGCUUCGCGUCUGAAAUCGUGGACACGCUUUACGAGGACGGCGACUCCAUCCAGGUGGGGGUGGUCCAGUACAACUCCGACCCCACAGACGAGUUCUUCCUGAAGGACUUCUCCACCAAGAGGCAGAUCAUCGACGCCAUCAACAAAGUGGUCUACAAGGGGGGCAGACACGCCAACACCCGGGUCGGCCUUGAGCACCUGCGGCUCAACCACUUCGUGCCCGAGGCCGGCAGCCGCCUGGACCAGCGCGUCCCACAGAUAGCCUUCGUGGUCACGGGAGGGAAGUCGGCGGAGGACGCGCAGGAAGUGAGCCUGGCGCUCACCCAGAGAGGGGUCAAGGUGUUCGCGGUGGGCGUGAGGAACAUCGACUCGGAGGAGGUUGGGAAGAUAGCGUCCAACAGUGCCACCGCCUUCCGGGUGGGCAACGUCCAGGAGCUGUCGGAGCUGAGCGAGCAGGUCUUGGAAACUCUGCACGACGCAAUGCAUGAGACCUUGUGCCCGGGCGUGUCCGACAUUUCCAAAGCUUGUAACCUGGAUGUGAUCCUGGGGUUCGACGGUUCGAGGGACCAGAACGUAUUUGUGGCCCAGAAGGGCCUGGAGUCCAAGCUGGAGGCCGUGCUGCACAGGAUCAGCCAGAUGCAGAGGAUCAGCUGCAGCGGCAACCAGAUGCCCACGGUGCGCGUGUCGGUGGCGGCCAACACCCCCUCGGGGCCCGUGGAGGCCUUCGACUUCGGCCAGUACCAGCCGGAGAUGCUGGAGAAGCUCCAGGGCCUGCGCAGCCAGCACCCCUACGUGCUCACGGCGGACACGCUGAAGAUGUACCAGAGCAAGUUCAGGCAGUCCUCGCCCAGCAGUGUGAAGGUGGUCAUUCAUUUUACCGAUGGGGUGGACGGAGAUCUGGCAGAUCUACACAGAGCCUCUGAGGACCUGCGACAGGAAGGUGUCCGAGCUCUGAUCCUGGUGGGCCUGGAACGCGUGGCCGACCUGGAGCGGGUGACCCAGCUGGAGUUCGGGCGAGGGUUCAUGUACGACCGGCCUCUGAGGCUCAACCUGCUGGACUUGGAUUACGAGCUGGCAGAGGAGCUCGACAACAUCGCCGAGAAAGCUUGCUGCGGGGUCCCCUGCAAGUGCUCUGGACACAGGGGCGACCGUGGGCCCCUCGGCAGCAUCGGGCCAAAGGGCAUCCCCGGAGAGGAUGGCUACCGCGGCUACCCUGGUGAUGAGGGUGGACCUGGCGAGCGAGGUCCGCCUGGCGUGAACGGCACUCAGGGCUUCCAGGGCUGCCCGGGCCAGAGAGGAGUGAAGGGCUCUCGAGGAUUCCCAGGAGAGAAGGGUGAAAUAGGAGAGAUCGGGCUGGACGGUCUCAACGGCGAGGAGGGAGACAAAGGAUUGCCCGGCUCUUCUGGAGAGAAAGGGAACCCUGGAAGAAGGGGUGAUAAAGGCCCCAAAGGGGACAAAGGAGAAAGAGGGGACGUUGGCAUUCGCGGUGACCCGGGUGAGUCAGGACGGGACAGCCAGCAGAGAGGACCCAAGGGAGAAACCGGUGACAUCGGCCCCAUGGUACGGCGCUCUGUGUUCUCGACUCUCCCUGUGCUGAGGGCCUGAGAGAUGACACUCACCUUGGCACCUCGGCGGCCGCGGAGGCCGUGGAGGCC